CGCCGGGCCUGCUGCAACCGUCCCGCUGCAGUGUGAAAGGCUGAAGAUGGCCGGGUGGCAGAGCUACAUGGACAACCUGAUGUGCGAUGGCUGCUACCAGGAGGCCGCCAUUGUCGGCUACUGCGAUGCCAUAUGUGUCUGGGCGGCCACGGCCAGGGGCGUCUUCCAGAGCAUCACCCCAGUAGAGAUAGAUAUGAUUGUAGGAAAAGACCAGGAAGGCUUCUUUACCAAUGGUUUGACUCUUGGAGCAAAGAAGUGUUCAGUGAUCAGAGAUAGUCUAUAUAUCGAUGGCGACUGCACAAUGGACAUCCGGACAAAGAGUCAAGGUGGCGAGCCAAAAUACAACGUCAUUGUCGGCAGAGCUGGUAGAGUCUUGGUCUUUGUAAUGGGAAAAGAAGAGGUCCAUGGAGGCGGAUUGAAUAAGAAGGCAUAUUCAAUGGCAAAAUACUUGAGAGACUCUGGGUUCUAGCUGCUAGGCAGACUGUUAAGUAUUAGGGGAAAUUGCUCUUAAACUUUCCUAGCAGAAAGCUUAAGUCUAAAUU